UAGCCGUUAUUCAGUUCAAGGAUGUAUGUUCAUUUUAAUAGGGAUAGAUACGCAGUAUUGUUUAAGUGGGGAAAAUAAAUCGUGUUCUACUUGUGGCAAACAGGCUGCACGAGAUUCAGAGACGCAUUUUUUAAAUUAUAUUUUUCCUUAUUUUUUUUUCACGAAAGGACUGCAACUCUCACAGGACCCCAGAACGAGGAAAUAUAAGCAGAGGUUUUUUUCUACAUGCACUUUGACCGUUAGCGGAGCUCCCGGGUGUGUGCCCUCCUCUGCCAAAUCUGACGGCACAUCUGACUCUCGUGAUGAGGUUUUGACUUCUGACAUUUUAAAGAGCCGAGCUGGCGAGUGCCGCGGGUUGAGCGUGCACUACACAUCCGCUUUUGCCGAUAACAUCUUCAAUUUCGAAUAUUUAGAAUCUGAAUCAUUGUAAGAAUCCACAAUACUUCGAAAAACAACGACAAAAAAGGAUCUCCUGUUAAUUUAGCUAAAACAAAAAACGUGAUCGCACGCAGUUUCCUCCAGGGUUCCGAGCGCAACACUUCAAGCCGCUUCAAGGAACAUUUUUGGUUUCCUUUUGGGGAUUUCGAUAGUUCCUCCAAUUUGGACAGUGCGAGUACUUCGACUGAAUCAAAAUGCCCCAACUAGCAGGUGGUGGUGGCGGCGGGGACCCUGAGCUUUGUGCCACGGACGAAAUGAUUCCGUUCAAGGAUGAGGGAGACCAAGAACAAAUAUUCGCAGAACUCAGUCACUCAGAGGAAGACGAGGGAGACUUGGCAGAUAUCAAGUCAUCUUUAGUACAUGAGUCAGAGACGAGUCCAAACAGCAAUCAUGAUGGAACUAGACAAUCCCAAAUAUCCCAAGACUCAUAUCAUGAAAAACACAGAGACCAUCACGAUGAUGGGAAACACCUAGACAUGUACAACAAAGGUCAUCCGUACUCUGGAUACCCAGGUUACAUCAUGAUGACUAAUAUGAACAACGACUCCUACAUGAACAACGGCUCCCUGUCGCCGCCCAUGCCCAGAACGUCCAAUAAGGUUCCGGUGGUGCAACCGUCGCAUGCGGUCCAUCCGCUCACCCCCCUCAUCACGUACAGCGACGAACAUUUCGCCCCCGGACCCCACUCCGGACACCACCCCCAGGACGUCAACCCCAAACAAGGACAGUACCACUCAUCCUGUCUCUCUACAGGCAUGCAGCGGCAUCACCCCGGGCCGGACAUGACCAACUUCUACCCCCUCUCCCCUGGAGGAGUGGGACAGAUCACGCCCCCACUGGGAUGGUUCUCCCACCACAUGGUCCCGGGUCCCCCCGGCCCCCACGCCACAGGGAUCCCCCACCCGGCCAUCGUCAACGCCCAGGUCAAACACGAGCCCCAGCACGACAACGACCUGAUGCACAUGAAGCCUCAGCACCAGGAUCAGAGGAAGGAGCAGGAGCCCAAGAGACCCCACAUCAAGAAGCCGCUGAAUGCCUUCAUGCUGUACAUGAAGGAGAUGAGGGCCAACGUUGUGGCAGAGUGCACGCUUAAGGAGAGCGCCGCCAUCAACCAGAUCCUGGGACGGAGGUGGCAUGCUUUAUCCAGAGAAGAGCAAGCUAAGUAUUACGAAUUAGCCCGCAAGGAACGGCAGCUCCACAUGCAGCUCUACCCAGGAUGGUCCGCCAGAGAUAAUUAUGGGCUCUUUGUAGUGUUCACCUGCCUUCUCUUUGGACAGCCCCCUCAGCACCUCUCACCUUCUGCCUCCGCCGCCCCGCCGCCACCACACCACGCUGGGGGAAACACUGCAGGACAGGGAGUAGAGGACAGGACGGCAUAG